UAAAUUCCAAAUAUGAAGAUCAUCUUGAAGAGAAAGAGAAUCUUGGCGACUGAACUUGGAGAACACCAGCAAAAUAAGGCUUAUGACAACAGCGGAGCAACAUGGUGGAGACGAGAAUUACUCGGACAAGGAGGAUAUGCCUCUGUUUACUUGGCCAUAUCCAAGAAACCUAAAUCAAGAAACCAAAUGCGUCCUGUAACUAUGGCCGUCAAAUCUGCCGUGAUAUCCAAGUCAAGUUCACUGCUCAAAGAAAAGCAGAUUUUCGACCAUCUUCACGGGUCGUCUCCUUAUGUCAUUCGAUGCUACGGUGAAGAAACUACUUCCAACAGCAAAGGUGAAACUUUUCGCAAUCUUUUAUUGGAGUACGCCUCUGGUGGAACACUCUCUAGUCAUAUUGAGCGAUCGUAUUCGUAUGGAAGUGGAUUGCCCGAAUCGGAUGUUAAAAGAUUUACAAAGUGUCUUCUUGAAGGUAUUUAUGACAUUCACAGGCAUGGCUAUGUGCAUUGCGAUUUAAAACCUGAGAAUGUGCUUCUUGUCUCUACUGAUGAGAGUGGUGUGUUUGUGCCCAAGAUUGCGGAUUUCGGGUUGGCCAAGAAAGUGUGUGAUCCUGAUUUCAUGGGUGGGACUUUAAUGUAUAUGGCUCCUGAGACAACCACUGAUGAUAUUCAAGACUGUGGCUCUGAUAUAUGGGCUCUGGGAUGCAUUGUUUAUGAGAUGCUGACAGGGUCUCCUCUUUGGUACGGUUAUGAUUCGACGACGAAUGAACUCAUGACAUCGAUUGCCGAUAGAUACGAACUUCCUGAAAUGCCGUGCGACAUAUCGAGAGAUGCGAGAGCCUUCUUGGAAAGAUGUUUGGCGAAGAAUAAAAGGUUUAGGUGGAGUGCUGAGAUGCUACUGAAUCAUUCUUUCAUGACAGGAUUCCGUGAGAUACAAGGCAGUGAAAAUUUGGACUAUGGUUUCUCUUCCAUACGGCAAUGUGUUGUUGCUCAUAUCUGUUAGACAAAGAACUGAUCCCAUAAUGUAGGUUUAAAUUACUUAAAUUAGAAUUUAGAAACAAUUGUUCAGUUUUG